CGGCGGGGGAUGCUGGCGGCGGGACUUGCUCACCGGCUCCCAUCGGAGUCGCUCUGAAGGGGACCGUAACCGCGCUACGAGGGCGGUGGCGGCGGCGCCCGGGGCCGUGGUGAGAGACGGCGCUUCCACUGGCGGGAUAGUGUCCUAUACUUCAUUCGUCUGUACUGCGUUUGGAGACUUUUCUCCAAUAUUUGGCUACAUACCAGCCGACUUGUAGCUGUUUACAUCUUUGUCUACUCUGUAAGCACACGUUGGAUUUGGUGGAAUAUGUCUUGAUGGAUCCAUCCUAAGUGUGAUGUGCUAACGGCUCUCGUCAGUGGUUAACGAUGGCUUCUAAGUGUCCGUACAGUUAGACGUCUUUAAAAUCUGCAUUGGAGCAGCUGGCAGCUGACGUGCUGGUACCACCCAGGUUCAAUGUGACAUCACUAGAAGUCUACCUCGGUGCUCAAGGAAGUUGAUGUGGGAGCCACACUCCAUAACAUGUAGCUAAACUGCUGAAUUUAGUAAAUGCUGAGAACACAGAGGGCAUGUAAAAAUGGAAUUCCUGAAAAAAAUUGUUCCCACUGUUGCUUCUGGCGAUGUAGUUCCGGAUGUUGGGAGUACUGCCCGCGAAAGCUCCCCAAGGCUCCUGAAGAUGAGACGUGUCAGACUGUUUUCAUUAGGACAGACAAUAGAUGAAGAUGAGGAGACACAUGUUAUACAGCCUGAUUACAGCACCUCCACGCGACCCAGCAGAGUAAAUAAACGCAGAGUUUCUCCAAGUGUUGUUUCCACCUGGGGAAAGAGAGGCAUCAUCAUGUCUAACAUUACUAUUGAUCCAGAUGUCAAACCUGGCGAGUAUGUCAUCAAAAGCCUCUUCGCUGAAUUUGCUGUUCAAGCUGAAAAGAAAAUUGAAGUUGUAAUGGCUGAACCUUUGGAAAAGCUCUUGUCCAGAUCUCUUCAAAGAGGUGAAGAUCUUCAGUUUGAUCAGUUGAUAAGCUCUAUGAGCUCAGUAGCAGAGCACUGUCUCCCCUCCUUAUUACGCACCUUGUUUGACUGGUACAGGCGUCAAAAUGGAACAGAAGAUGAAUCUUAUGAAUACAGACCUCGAUCUAGCACAAAAUCGAAGGGGGAUGACCAACAACGUGAAAGAGAUUAUCUACUUGAAAGGAGGGACUUAGCUGUAGAUUUCAUUUUUUGUUUAGUUUUAAUAGAGGUUCUAAAACAGAUACCUGUUCAUCCAGUGCCAGAUCCUUUAGUACAUGAAGUUCUAAACUUGGCUUUUAAGCACUUUAAGCAUAAGGAAGGGUAUUCAGGAACCAACACUGGGAAUGUGCAUAUUAUUGCAGACUUGUAUGCAGAAGUGACAGGUGUUCUUGCUCAAUCAAAGUUUCAAGCUGUUAGGAAGAAGUUUGUCACUGAAUUAAAGGAACUGCGACAAAAAGAACAGAGUCCCCAUGUAGUACAAAGUAUCAUCAGUUUGAUUAUGGGAAUGAAGUUUUUUCGAGUAAAGAUGUAUCCCGUGGAGGAUUUCGAAGCAUCAUUUCAGUUCAUGCAGGAAUGUGCUCAAUACUUCCUGGAAGUAAAAGAUAAAGAUAUAAAACAUGCACUUGCUGGUUUGUUUGUGGAAAUUCUCAUCCCUGUGGCUGCUGCUGUUAAAAAUGAAGUAAAUGUGCCAUGUUUGAAAAAUUUUGUGGAGAUGCUUUAUCAGACUACCUUUGAAUUGAGUUCAAGAAAGAAGCAUUCACUGGCUUUGUAUCCAUUGAUCACCUGCCUGUUGUGUGUCAGUCAGAAACAGUUUUUUUUAAAUAACUGGCACGUUUUCCUGCAGAACUGUUUAUCACAUCUAAAGAUGCCAUCUAACAACAGUAUCAGAAAACAAAUAGAAACACUUCAGAAUAAAGAUCCCAAAAUGUCCCGAGUUGCACUGGAAUCUUUGUAUAGGUUAUUGUGGGUUUAUGUUAUUAGAAUAAAAUGUGAAAGCAACACUGUAACUCAAAGCCGUCUCAUGAGCAUUGUAUCAGCACUUUUUCCAAAAGGAUCGCGUAGUGUGGUCCCACGAGACACACCUCUGAAUAUAUUUGUGAAGAUCAUUCAGUUCAUUGCUCAGGAACGUUUGGAUUUUGCGAUGAAAGAAAUAAUAUUUGAUCUUCUUAGUGUUGGAAAAUCACCUAAAACCUUCACUAUUAAUCCAGAGAGGAUGAAUAUUGGCCUCAGAGUCUUCCUUGUCAUAGCAGAUAGCUUGCAGCAGAAGGAUGGUGAGCCACCAAUGCCAACAACAGGAGUUGUUCUUCCCUCAGGAAAUACUCUGCGUGUGAAGAAAAUUUUUCUUAAUAAAACGCUGACAGAUGAGGAAGCGAAAGUUAUAGGAAUGUCCAUAUACUACCCUCAAGUCAGGAAAGCGCUAGAUAGCAUUCUUAGGCAUUUGGACAAAGAAGUUGGAAGGCCCAUGUGCAUGACUAGUGUGCAGAUGUCUAAUAAAGAACCUGAAGACAUGAUUACGGGUGAGAGAAAACCUAAGAUAGAUUUGUUCAGAACUUGUAUUGCUGCUAUCCCAAGACUGAUUCCAGAUGGCAUGAGCAGGACUGACCUCAUUGAAUUGCUUGCAAGGCUGACAAUUCAUAUGGAUGAAGAACUUCGUGCCUUGGCUUUCAAUACUCUCCAAGCAUUAAUGCUUGAUUUUCCAGAUUGGCGGGAAGAUGUUCUUUCAGGAUUUGUAUAUUUUAUUGUGCGUGAAGUGACCGAUGUGCACCCAACGCUUCUUGACAAUGCAGUAAAAAUGUUAGUGCAGCUCAUAAAUCAGUGGAAACAAGCAGCCCAAAUGCACAAUAAAAACCAAGAUUCGCAGCGUGGCAUAUCCAAUGGGGCUGCCCAUACCCUUCCUCUGGAGAGGACCCUUUAUUCCAGUGUAUUUCACGUGGUGGAAGGCUUUGCUUUAGUCAUCCUUUGCAGCACAAGGCCAGCCACCAGGAGAUUAGCUGUCAGUGUUCUCAGAGAAAUAAGGGCCUUGUUCACACUUUUAGAGAUUUCUAAGAGUGAUGACGAGUUGGCUAUAGAUGUAAUGGACAGGCUAAGUGCUACUAUCCUGGAGAGUUUCAUACAUCUCACUGGGGCUGACCAGACUACUUUACUGUACUGUCCCAGUUCAAUAGACCUACAAACUCUGGCUGACUGGAAUUCCUCCCCAAUCAGCCACCAGUUUGAUGUGGUCAGUCCAUCACAUAUAUGGAUAUUUGCACAUGUGACUCAAGGCCAAGAUCCAUGGAUUAUAAGCCUCUCAAGUUUUAUGAAACAGGAAAAUCUUCCAAAACACUGCCCAACAGCUGUAAGCUAUGCAUGGACUUUUGCUUAUACCAGACUCCAACUGCUGUCUCCACAAGUGGAUAUAAACAGCCCUAUCAAUGCAAAGAAAGUGAAUGCUACUACAAGCAGUGACUCCUAUAUUGGGCUCUGGAGAAACUACCUGAUCCUUUGCUGCAGUGCAGCAUCUUCUUCAAACUCCUCCACCUCCACAGGCUCUGUGAGAUGUUCCCCUCCUGAGACGCUGGCGUCUACUCCUGACAGUGGUUAUAGCAUUGAUUCAAGAAUCAUUGGCAUUCCAUCCCCUUCCUCCCUGUUUAAGCACAUAGUUCCAAUGAUGCGCUCUGAGAGCAUGGAAAUUACAGAAUCCCUUGUGCUGGGACUUGGCAGGACCAACCCAGGAGCUUUUAGGGAACUAAUAGAAGAAUUACAUCCUAUAAUUAAGGAAGCACUUGAAAGAAGGCCAGAGAACAUGAAACGGCGCAGGCGUCGGGAUAUUUUACGAGUACAACUAGUACGAAUAUUUGAACUGUUGGCAGAUGCUGGCGUCAUUAGUCACAGUGCAAGCGGAGGCCUUGAUAAUGAAACACAUUCCCUCAACAACACUUUACUUGAGUAUGUUGAUUUAACGAGACAACUCCUAGAAGCAGAAAAUGAAAAGGAUUCUGAUACAUUGAAAGAUAUACGAUGCCAUUUUAGUGCCUUAGUGGCAAAUAUAAUUCAAAAUGUUCCAGUACACCAGAGGAGAAGUGUCUUUCCACAGCAGAGUCUACGCCACAGUCUAUUUAUGUUGUUCAGUCAUUGGGCAGGUCCUUUUAGUAUCAUGUUUACUCCCCUGGACAGAUACAGUGAUAGGAACACGCGAAUAAACAGACACCAAUACUGUGCAUUAAAGGCUAUGUCUGCUGUACUGUGUUGUGGCCCUGUUGCAGAUAAUGUCGGGCUCUCAUCUGAUGGCUAUUUGUACAAAUGGCUGGAUAAUAUUUUGGAUUCACAAGAUAAAAAGGUUCACCAGCUAGGCUGUGAGGCAGUCAUGCUGCUCUUGGAACUCAACCCUGACCAGAGUAACCUCAUGUACUGGGCCGUAGACCGGUGUUACACAGGUUCCAAGCGGGUGGCAGCUGGCUGUUUUAAAGCCAUAGCCAGCGUGUUCCAAAACAGGGAUUACCAGUGUGAUACAGUGACCCUCCUGAAUCUGAUACUAUUUAAAGCAGCUGAUUCUACUAGGGCUAUCUAUGAAGUUGCUAUGCAACUAUUACAGAUCUUGGAACCAAAGAUGUUCCGUUAUGCUCACAAACUGGAAGUUCAGCGGACAGAUGGGGUUUUGGGUCAGCCUUCUCCUUUACCACAUCUGUAUUCUGUGUCCUAUUAUCAACUGUCAGAAGAAUUAGCAAGGACUUAUCCUGAACUAACACUUGCUAUCUUCUCAGAAGUAAGUCAGAGAAUCCAAACGGCUCACCCAGCUGGGAGACAGGUGAUGCUGCAUUAUCUUCUGCCAUGGAUGAACAAUAUUGAGUUGGUAGACUUGAAACCUUUGCCAACCAUUCGUCGGCAAGAUGAAGAUGAAGAUGAUUCUUUGAAAGACAGAGAGAUAAUGGUGAACAGUAGACGAUGGCUACGAGGAGAAGGCUGGGGAUCACCGCAGGCUACAGCUAUGGUUCUGAACAACCUGAUGUAUAUGACCGCAAAGUAUGGUGAUGAAGUGGCUUGGUCAGAGAUAGAAAAUGUCUGGACUACUUUGGCAGACAGCUGGCCAAAGAACCUGAAAAUAAUUUUGCACUUCUUGAUCAGUAUCUGUGGAGUGAACAGUGAACCCAGCCUUUUGCCUUAUGUAAAGAAAGUUAUUGUUUAUUUGGGUAGAGAUAAAACAAUGCAACUACUAGAAGAGCUGGUGAGUGAACUUCAGCUUACAGAUCCUGUCAGUUCAGGAGUCACCCAUAUGGAUAAUCCACCAUAUUACCGCAUUACAUCCAGUUACAAAAUCCCCUCUGUCACUUCAGGUACCACUUCUAGUAGCAAUACAAUGGUAGCUCCCACAGAUGGCAACCCUGACAGUAAACAUGUAAAGGACAAUAUUGAAGAGAAUUAUGUACAUCUAGACAUCUACAGCGGGUUGAACAGUAACUUAAACCGCCAGCACCACAGACUAGAAUCUCGCUACAGCAGCAGCUCUGGAGGAUCAUAUGAAGAGGAAAAAAGUGAUUCAAUGCCUCUGUAUUCAAACUGGCGGUUGAAGGUGAUGGAGCACAAUCAAGGAGAGCCUCUACCUUUUCCACCUACUGGAGGUUGCUGGUCACCAUUAGUGGAUUACUUGCCUGAAACUUCUCCUCCGGGCAUGUCUCUUCACAGAUGCAACAUAGCAGUGAUCCUUUUAACUGACUUGAUAGUUGACCACAGCGUAAAGGUGGAGUGGGGAGGAUACUUGCAUCUUUUGCUUCAUGCAAUUUUUAUAGGUUUUGACCACUGUCACCCUGAAGUCUAUGAGCAUUGUAAACGAUUGCUUUUGCAUCUGUUGAUUGUUAUGGGAUCUGGCAGUAAUGUCCAGUCUGUUGCUUCUGUCCUACUCAGAAACAGAGAGUUCAAUGAGUCCAGGGUGCUUACUGUCAAACAAACUACCCAUUUAGAUUAUACUUUCACAGCAGGUGUUCAUGAUUUUAUACCUGAUUACCAGCCCUCCCCAAUGACAGACUCAGGGCUUAGUUCAAGUUCUACCUCUUCUAGCAUCAGUUUAGGAAAUACAAGUGCUGCCAUUUCUCAUCUGCACACCACAAUCCUCAAUGAGGUUGACAUUUCAGUAGAGCAGGAUGAAAAAGUGAAAACUCUCAUAGAAUUUAUUACCUCAAGGAAAAGAGGGCCACUUUGGAAUCAUGAAGAUGUUUCAGCCAAGAACCCUAAUAUAAAGAGUGCUGAACAGUUAACUGUGUUUUUAAAGCAUGUGGUAUCCAUAUUUAAACAGUCUAGCUCAGGAGGAUUUCAAUUGGAACACCGUCUCAGUGAAGUUGCUUUGCAAACUGCGCUUUCGUGCUCCUCUCGACAUUAUGCUGGGAGGUCCUUCCAGAUUUUCAGGGCUCUGAAGCAGCCUCUUACUGCAUCUACACUUUCUGAUGUUCUCUCCAGACUAGUAGAAACUGUCGGAGAUGCAGGAGAAGAAGCUCAGGGUUUUGUCAUAGAACUUCUUCUGACCUUAGAGUCUGCUAUUGAUACGUUGGCUGAAACCAUGAAGCAUUAUGAUCUGCUUUCUGCCCUUUCUCAAACCUCAUACCAUGAUUCUGUAAUGGGAAACAAGUAUGCAGCUAAUAGGAAAAGCACUGGACAGCUAAAUCUAAGCACAAGUCCCAUUAAUAGUGGCAGUUGUUUGGGAUACUACAGCAAUACAAGGAGUAAUUCUUUGAGACUGAAUUUAAUCAGUGAGCGGAGAGGUGACCGUCGACGGAGCAACACACUGGAUAUAAUGGAUGGAAGGAUAAACCAUGGUGGAAGUUUGGCAAGGACUAGAAGCCUUUCCUCCCUGAGAGAGGGAGGGAUGUAUGAUGUGCAGCCCACUACUGACCCUGUCAACUUGAUGGCCACCAUAUUUUGGAUUGCAGCUUCAUUGCUAGAGUCAGAUUAUGAGUAUGAAUACCUUUUGGCUCUCAAGCUACUCAACAAGCUUCUCAUUCACUUGCCUCUGGAUAAAUCAGAGAGUCGGGAAAAGAUAGAAAAGGUGCAGAAUAAACUGAAAUGGAAUAACUUUCCAGGCCUUCAGCAGCUUUUCCUAAAAGGCUUUACUUCAGCAUCUACACAAGAAAUGACAGUUCAUCUCCUCAGUAAACUCAUCACAAUUUCCAGGCAUGCUUUGGUGGAUCCUUCUCAGUUAGCAGGAUUUCCCCUAAACAUCUUGUGCCUGCUUCCUCACCUGAUCCAACAUUUUGAUAACCCAACUCAGUUCUGUAAAGAAACAGCUGACAGGAUAGCAAAGGUUUGCGCAGAGGAGAAGUCACCAACUCUUGCCAAUUUGGCUCACAUGAUGAGUUUAUACAGUACACACAGUUAUUCCAGAGACUGUUCUAACUGGAUUAAUGUAGUGUGUAGAUAUUUGCAUGACUCUUUCUCAGAUGCUACAUUUAACCUCGUAACUUAUCUUGCAGAGCUGUUAGAGAAAGGUUUAUCCAGUAUGCAACAGUCCUUACUGCAGAUCAUUUACAGUCUCCUGAGUCAUAUUGACCUAUCCACAGCACCAGUGAAGCAGUUUAAUUUGGAAAUAAUAAAAGUUAUUGGCAAAUAUGUUCAGAGUCCAUAUUGGAAGGAAGCCCUUAAUAUUUUGAAACUGGUGGUGUCUCGAUCAGCAAGCCUUGUUGUACCUAAUGAUAUUCCAAAGUCUUAUGGAGGCGACAUAGGUUCUCCUGAAAUAUCUUUCACAAAAAUUUUUAAUAAUGUCUCCAAGGAGCUACCUGGGAAGACCUUAGAUUUUCAUUUUGAUAUCUCAGAGACACCAAUUAUUGGGAAUAAGUAUGGUGAUCAACACAGUGCAGCUGGUAGAAAUGGGAAGCCGAAAGUCAUUGCUGUCACCCGGAGCACUUCUUCAACUUCUUCAGGCUCUAAUUCAAAUGCAUUAGUUCCUGUCAGCUGGAAGAGACCACAACUAUCUCAGAGAAGAACUAGGGAGAAGCUAAUGAACGUGCUUUCUCUGUGUGGUCCAGAAUCUGGUCUUCCCAAGAAUCCUUCAGUUGUGUUUUCUUCUAAUGAAGACUUGGAAGUUGGAGAUCAACAAACCAGUCUUAUUUCAACAACAGAAGAAGUGAUUCAAGAGGAGGAAGUAGCUGUAGAAGACAAUACCAGUGAACAACAAUUUGGAGUUUUUAAAGACUUUGACUUUUUAGAUGUUGAAUUGGAAGAUGCAGAGGGUGAAAGCAUGGACAACUUCAACUGGGGCGUUCGUAGGCGCUCUCUUGACAGUAUUGACAAAGGAGACACACCAUCUCUUCAAGAAUGUCAGUACUCUGGUAGCACACCCAGCUUGAACUUAACCAACCAGGAAGAUACUGAUGAAUCAUCUGAAGAAGAAGCAGCCCUGACUGCAAGUCAGAUACUGUCUCGUUCACAGAUGUUAAACAGUGACUCUGCCAUAGAUGAAACAAUAUCAGAUCAUGCUGGUUUAUCACUUCAGUCUCAAGAUUCCACUAGCAGUGUGGGAACAGAAGAGGUGCUUCAAAUCAGAACUGAGACCCCAAGUCUGGAGGCUUCUCCUCUAGAUAACUGUAGCAACCAGCUGCCUGAGGAAGGCAGUUCAGCAGUAAGGGAUGAGCAGGUUAGCACUGCUAGUGAAGACACUGGGUCGUAUCUACUACAAGAACAACAAGACUGUCUGGUCUGUCAUGAAUCUCUUGAGUUGGAAGAGACCCCAGAACUGGCAGAGGCAGCUCCUGAGAGCUAUUCUGAAUCUAUCUGUGAAGAGGAUGUCACUCUUGCUUUGAAAGAGCUAGAUGAGAGAUGCGAAGAAGAAGAAGCUGACUUCUCUGGUUUGUCAAGCCAAGAUGAAGAAGAACAGGAUGGUUUCCCAGAAGUACAAACCUCCCCACCACCUUCACCAUUUCUUUCUGCCAUAUUGGCAGCUUUCCAACCAGUGGCAUACGACGAUGAAGAGCAAGCGUGGCGCUGCCAUGUCAAUCAAAUGCUGUCAGAUACAGAUGGAUCUUGUGCUGUCUAUACAUUUCAUGUCUUUUCAAGAUUGUUUCAGACCAUUCAAAGAAAGUUUGUAUCUAUAACAAAUGAUUCAGUCAGCUUUCUUGGUGAAAGUCUACAGCGCAUUGGAACAAAAUUCAAAAGUUCUCUGGAAGUGAUGAUGAUGUGUUCAGAAUGUCCGACAGUCUUUGUGGAUGCAGAAACGCUAAUGUCUUGUGGCCUCCUAGAAACAUUGAAGUUCAGUGUUCUAGAGCUCCAAGAACACUUGGAUACCUAUAAUGUCAAAAGAGAGGCAGCAGAACAGUGGCUGGAAGAUUGCAAAAGAACAUUUGGUACUGAUGAUGGUAUUCAUGGCACUAACACAGAUGCCCAGCAAAUGGAAAUUCUAGCAGAGCUGGAGUUGUGUCGGAGGCUAUACAAGUUGCAUUUCCAGUUGCUGCUUCUGUUCCAAGCAUAUUGCAAACUUAUCAGCCAAGUAAAAACAAUCAAAAAAGAAGCAGAGGUCAUAAACAUGUCUGAAGAACUCGCUCUUCUGGAGAGCUGUCUGAAAGAGGCUGAGGCUGCAUCUGACAGUUGUAUCGAAGAAACUGAAAUUGCAGAGGCUUCCCAAGCUAGCACAGAAACGGCUAUUCACUCUCUCAUUGAAACCCUGAGAAACAAGGAGUUUGUGUCAGCUGUAGCACAGGUCAAGGCUUUCAGAUCUAUUUGGCCCCACGACAUCUUUGGCAGUUCUGAAGAUGACCCAGUUCAAACGUUGCUGCACAUAUACUUUCGUCAUCAGACACUUGGUCAAACUGGUAGCUUUGCAGUAGUAGGCUCCAACCAAGAUAUGUCUGAAGCCAGCUCAAAACUGAUGGAACUUAAUCUAGAAAUUCGAGAGUCUUUACGCAUGGUGCAAUCCUAUCAGCUUCUAGGGCGAAUCAGACCAGGAAUAAAUCUUGUGAGCACUGGAUUCUGAACAGCUGUCAUUUAGAAAAGACUGAUGAUGGAGAUGCCUCAGACUAUUAUUGAGCACCUUUCAUUAAAAAAGAAAAAAAAAGAAGAAAAUAAAACCUCCAGCAAUCCUGACAACCGACACAGUUUCAUCAUAGCAAGAAAUUGUUUCAUCAAAAGUAAAAAUCUGGAAAUUGAAGUGAACAUCUUUCUUGACUGUUCUUUCUACACAAUAGCUGUGCGGCAGUAGUAUUUUUUUAUUAAAUAUAUGUAUAGAAACUACCCGAAAGGAAAAGGGCUUAAAUGUAAUGCAUACAUAUGCAUUAUUUUCCGAUGUAACAGAACUAUAAAGGGUGUUUGCAGUAACAGCCUCUAAAGGUUGAAUCAAUAUCGCAGGUGGGAUGAGGCUAAAAUCAAGGCUGGUUUGUUUUGGCUGAAGACCUGCAAGGCUUCCUGGCUUUCCAGCAGUAGUAGAUAUAAUCAUCAACUAAUACCUAAUGAGACACUUUGCAAUGUCAUGGAGAAUGUGCGAUCAAACAGGAGUUAGAAUGACUUACGACUGCAAAAACCAUUGACUUCUCAAUGUUUUAUUUGCUUUUGUUGUCUGUAACAAGGAAAUUACGUGUGCAAGUUAGAAUGUAUGGCUAUGUGACAAGUUUUUUUGAAGGUAUGUAUGAUUGUUAAAUAAGGUCUCAGAGCAUGCUUAAAAGAGCUGCAAGAUUAUUUUUGAAGAAAUUUUAUUUUAUUAGAUCUAAUCCUCAUAGUGUGUAAAUGUUAGGACAUUUAAUAAUAUUUUAAACUGGGAUUUCCCAGUGUUUCUAAAAGAAAUAAUAUAUGUUAACUUUAUUGGAAUGCUGCUCAGUUCUCUGAUCAGUGCUUAUGUUACAAAUAUUGAUAACAACUAACCAAAAAGUAGCUGCCUGCAGAGACUUUAAAAUGUAUAUUAAAGAUAUAUGCUGCCCAUCAGCAAUUCUCAUUAGAAGUUAACUUAUUUUAUUCUGUAUAUAUUCUAGAAACUGUAUAGUGCAAAACCAGUAUUUUUCUUGUAAAUUUGUGCAAUGCACUGUUAAGACAAUAGGUGUAUAAAGCUAUGAGGGGAAAGGGGGGGGGUUCUUCCUAUCUGUAGUCACAUACAUUACUUGCAGUCUGCGUAGUCUGCAGGCUUCAAAGAGUUCGAAUGCAUGUACAUGCAUCUUCAUGACUCAACUUAAGCCUAAGGAAUUGGGACUAUAUACAAAAAAAAGACUGACUACCAAAACAUGCAAACAGGCAAUAUACUCAUAGUUCAGUGUCAAAGUCUGUAGCAUAAAACAAACUGGAUUCUGUUGAAACCAAUAGCAUUUUGUAAAAAAAAGAAAAGAAAAAAAAACACAAAAGAAUGUAGUCCCAUGAUUCCUGUGAUUUGAAAGGAACACCUGGUAUUUUUAUAUACAUCUCUUACCCACUGUGAUUUUUUUUAAUGGGCUCUAAUUCCAGAGUUUAGAAUGUAGAAUUGAGAUUCUUAGCGCCGCCUUUUUGUGGGAAUUGAACCCCACUAGAAAUGUAAUUAUGCUGAAAUGCAUUAAUUGAAGGCACUGUGCACGCUGUUGGACUGCUGACAGUAGUUAUGUUAUCCUAACAAGCUCUGUAACUGGUCAAGGCACAUCCAUAAUCACUGUAUUUUUUUCCCUGUCCCUGAUAAAAUUGAAUUAUUUUGAUGGUUUUGUGGUACUGUA